AUGGUAAAUGUUGAUAGAUUAAUUUUAGAUUCAUCGGGAAAAACAUAUCAUUUUACUGGAACUGAGAAAGGCUUGUUAUUUUCGGCAACAGCCAUUGGUACUCUUAUAGGUACUUAUCCAGUAAUUCUUCUUGAAAAAAAAUUAACAAUUAGGAAACUUUUCGUAUUAUUUGGAAUAAUAUCAGCGAUUUCCACCCUUUUAAUUCCUUGGGUUGCUGAUUUUGGAUUUGGAUUUCUUUUUGCAAUGCGAUUUUUAGAAGGAUUUGCAUAUGCAUCAGCUUAUCCGGUCGUUGGUACUAUUACAUCGCAAUGGUCAUUAUUAGCUGAUAGUGGGAUGUAUAUGUCAUUAAUAUUAUGUCAUUUUCAGAUUGGGCCAUUGUUUACAAUGCCUAUUUCGGGAGCCUUGUGUGUAUCAUCAUUUGGUUGGCCAGCAACAUAUUACAUUCAUGGUGUACUAACAUUACUUAUUAUGCUCGGAUUUUAUAUUAUUUAUCGUGAUUCACCAAAAAUUCAUAAGUUUGUUAAGCUAUAG